GAACAAACUCUGCUCCCAAGCUAUCGUAACGAAAGGGCGGGCAGUGCUUCAUGGCAGCCUUGCUUUGCCGCUUCCCUUCUGCGUCCUCUUCGCGUCUCCUCUCCCCAUUCUCUCGGACCUCCAAACCCCGAUCGCUUCUCCUCGCCGUCUCACCCAUCAUGUACUCCACUCUUGGCCCUAAUUACUCCUCCUACUCCGUCGCUGCCGCCGCCUCCGCCUCUACCCCGAUCGCUCUCCCAUCCGAUGCACGCGAACCCCCCCCCCCUCGCUCGGGGAGAUCACCCGACCCGAUUUACCCAUCCUCCAUCAGGUGGUCAAUGAAUUCAACUUGGUUUACUUGGACAAUGCUGCGACAUCUCAGAAGCCUUCGGCUGUUCUUAAACGAAUACUACGAAUCAUAUAAUUCGAACGUUCAUCGUGGUGUCCACUAUCUAAGUGCAAAGGCAACAGAUGCGUAUGAGGAAGCAAGAACCAAACUUGCCAAUUUUGUCGAUGCAAUGGAUUGUAAAGAGAUAGUAUUUACCUGUAAUGCUACAGAAACUAUCAAUCUAGUAGCCUAUUCGUGGGGCUUAUCAAUUUCGAGGCCUGGUGAUGAGUGCGAUUGUUCCCUGGCAAAUUGUUGCGAAAAAGACUGGUGCAGAUCUGAAGUAUGUUGGGUUGACAAAAGAAGAGGUUCCUGAUCUCGACCAGUUCAAGGGACUCCUUUCAAAGAAUACAAAGCUUGUCGUUGCACAUCAUAUCUCCAAUGUACUGGGUUCUGUUCUGCCUAUAGAUGAGAUUAUGGUCUGGUCACGUAAUGUUGGGGCAAAGGUUCUUGUGGAUGCUUGUCAAAGUGCUCCUCACAUGGUAGUGGAUGUGCAGAAACUUGAUGUUGAUUUCCUGGUUGCCUCAUCACACAAGAUGUGUGGGCCUACAGGCGUUGGUUUCUUGUAUGGUAAAAUCAAGCUCUUGUCCUCAAUGCCUCCAUUUUUAGUUAUAGGCAGGUGGUGGUGAAAUGAUUUCUGAUGUGUUUCAAGAUUAUUCAACCUAUGCUGAGCCACCAUCCAGGUCAGUUUGGCUUCCUUAGAACUUGACAACUGCUAGUGACAACUGUCUUGUUUUGACAUUUCGACCUUUUACUUAUCAGUUGAGACAAUGUCUGAUAAAAGACUUUUAAAGGAGAAACUUGCUCAUAAUUCUGCAGAAGUAGGGAGUCAUUGCCUUUGCUGUAUGAGGAUAACAUUUUUGGUUUGUAGGAGAUUAAUUCACUGCUGUAGCACAGUUAUAUCAAAUAUAUAUUUCUUAGGUUUUACCUCAUCAAGUUCUUGGCGUUUGAGAUCUGCCUUUACUGCUAUAUCACUCUAAUCUUAAGCACUUUUGAGUAAAAUGUGCAUUCUCAGUGUAAUAUAGAAGCAAAUUCGCAAUUUUUCAAAUUCAUAUUCUUGAAUUCUUUAACAUCAUGUAAAUAUGGAUAGUCAUGAAGAUUUAGAUCAUGGUUUUGAGUUUCAGGGACUUCUGGGCUGUAUGUCAACAUGGUAUUAGUUUCUUAUGCUGAAGGGUUGACAAGGGUGUGCCAACACACCAUUUUGCAUUCAUGAAAAGAAAAUACACAUGCACACAACUGAAGCAAUGAAAGUCAAAACGGGUGUGCUUGUUGUAAUACACACAAGACAACUGAAACAGUAAAUCUAGAUAUCUUUUUUAUGAAUUGAUGCUUCUUGAGAGAAAAAGAAGCUUGCUGAUGUAUAAUCAUUUGAACUUGUAUCAUUGUUGUGUUAAGACCA